CCAACAACCAACCAUGCCAAAAGAUUUCUGCUCCAUUUUCCAUUCUGUUUCAUUAAAUUUUAGUUGAUAAAAACAGCAACACACGUUUCCCUUGAUCAAAUUUCCACACGAAACACUUCAAAAUAAACACUCUCAAGUGUUUCAAUUCCAUUCGACAAAAAAAUAUGCACACGACUGAAAUAUGAUAUGAUUCCUAUUUACUCGCCAUCAAAACAAGCCUCUUAUCAACACAAGGCAGCUUUUUCAAAAACCCAUCUACGAAUAAAACCAUCACUGAAUCGUUACUUUAGUCAGAUAUAAACAGCCUUCGAUGGUGCUUAUCUAUAAAAGAAUUUAUCGAUAACAAAAAAUAUCACAUUAAAUCCUCUCUCAUAAACGAUUCCAAAAUACCUACAUAAUACUUUACGCUGACUGGAGAGUUCUUCAAGUUAUUAAGAAUAAAAAUUUCAAUAUUAAAAAUAAUACUCGUGAAAACGUUUGAAUAAAAUUCAUAAACACUCGUUUUCUAUAGGCCGAAUGGCUCGUGUAAAUUGUUAAAAGAAUCCUACAAAUAUUCCAAAGAACACGUCAAAGAAUGUUCAAGUUUGGAGGAAGAAAAGAAAACGAUUCAAGCGGAGGAGCUUCCACUUCUUCAUCGUCUUCUUCUCCUUCUAGUAGUUUUGGCAUUCAAGGUGGCAGGAAAAUUCACAAAAAAAAGAAGGUCAGAGGAGCAACAAAUUCCAAUGUGAUGGCAGAUGAAAAUGAUGAUAGUCAAGAAGCAUUUUAUGUGGGCGAUGAACGUGAGCAACUUAUACGCAAAACAAUGGACUAUGACUGUGCUGAAUCGGCAGGUCUCCUAUCCACACAACCAUGCUCUACAGUACGAUUACCGAUAAUCGGUAUGACCUGCCAAUCAUGUGUUCGCAACAUCGAAUCCACAAUAUCCACAAAACCAGGUAUCCUGAAAACACAAGUAAUUCUCAAUGAAAAUGCUGGCUACUUUGACUAUGAACCAAGUCGAAUAAAUCCCGAACAAAUUGCCUUUGAAAUUGAAGAAAUGGGUUUUGAAUGUCCCUAUCCGAGUUCUAAACCUUCAAGUAGUAGUCCGAAUAAUGUUACACAUAUUCGUGUAAUUGGUAUGACAUGUAACAGUUGUGUCCGAAAUAUUGAAGGCAAUAUUGGAACUCGACCGGGAAUUAUUUCGAUCAAGGUUAGUCUUGACGAGAAACGUGCCACAGUUGAGUAUGACAGUACAAUACUUAAACCACCAGAAAUUGCUGAUAUGAUUGAUGAUAUGGGUUUUGAAGCGUCCGUGGAAGAAGAAGAAAACACACAAUCAGGAGAGGCCAAGAAGACUGACAAAUCACCCAAACGUGGUGAUAUCAAAAAGGCUGGUGGUGGUGAUGCAUUGGUGAUAUAUGAUGAUUUGCCAAAUGGCAAACUCAAUGGUGGACCAUUGCAUGUCGAAAUGGAACAACAUCUGACCAAAUGUAUGGUCCAUAUACAGGGUAUGACAUGUGCCAGUUGUGUGGCUGCCAUUGAAAAGCACUGUAAAAAAAUCUACGGUGUUGAUAGUAUUCUGGUGGCGCUGCUAGCUGCCAAAGCUGAAGUCAAAUUCAAUGCAAAUGUUAUAACGGCCGAGAAUAUUGCCAAGUCAAUAACAGAACUUGGCUUCCCAACGAAUGUUAUCGAUGAGCCUGGCUCGGGAGAAGCCGAAGUCGAGAUAGAAAUCUUGGGAAUGACCUGCUCAUCAUGUGUAAAUAAAAUCGAACAAACUGUAUUAAGAACGAAAGGCAUUACACAUGCCGCUGUUGCUCUAACCACAAAGCGAGGCAAGUUCCGUUAUAAUUCCGAAGAGACCGGGGCUCGAAAUAUCUGUGAAACCAUUCAAGCCUUAGGAUUCGAUGCCCAUUUGCUAUCGAAUAAGGACAAAAUGGCUCACAGUUAUUUAGAGCACAAAGAAGAAAUCCGCAAAUGGAGGAAUGCAUUCCUCAUUUCGCUGGUGUUUGGUGGACCUUGCAUGGUUGCUAUGGUAUACUUUAUGGUAGAGAUGGAAAUUCAUGGACAUGACACAAUGUGUUGUAUUGUCCCUGGUCUGUCUAUGGAGAACUUGGUUAUGUUUUUACUUUCAACACCUGUGCAAUUCUUUGGAGGUUGGCAUUUCUAUGUCCAAGCUUAUCGGGCGGUAAAACAUGGAACUACCAACAUGGAUGUCCUGAUAACCAUGGCAACGACGAUAAGUUAUAUCUAUUCGGUAGCUGUGGUGAUAGCUGCCAUACUUUUGGAACAGCGAUCAUCUCCGUUGACAUUCUUCGAUACUCCUCCAAUGUUGCUGAUAUUUAUAUCCCUCGGUCGAUGGUUGGAACAUAUUGCAAAGGGUAAAACAAGUGAAGCUUUGUCUAAAUUGCUAUCCCUGAAAGCUACCGAAGCACUGCUUGUCGAAAUCUCUGAAGAAUUCGAAGUUCGUUCGGAAAAGUUAAUCUCUGUCGACUAUGUCCAGCGAGGAGAUAUUCUCAAAGUUGUUCCCGGUUCAAAAGUACCCGUCGAUGGAAAGGUUCUCUAUGGCCAUUCGACUUGUGAUGAAAGUUUAAUCACUGGCGAGUCAAUGCCAGUGGCCAAAAAGAAGGGUGCAGUUGUAAUUGGAGGAUCUAUCAAUCAGAAUGGGGUACUUUUUAUUUCUGCCACUCAUACUGGUGAGAAUACAACUCUGGCACAGAUCGUUCGUCUAGUUGAAGAAGCUCAGACAUCUAAAGCUCCAAUUCAACAAUUGGCUGAUAAAAUUGCUGGAUAUUUUGUACCAUUUGUGGUGGCUGUGUCGACUAUCACCCUUAUUGGGUGGAUUAUAACAGGCUAUUUGGAUAUAAACAAGCUUCCAAUACCAGAUCACAAUAAGGAGGGUUUGAAUAGGGACGAAAUUAUAAUUGGAUAUGCAUUUAGGUGCGCCUUGAGUGUAUUGGCAAUUGCUUGUCCAUGUGCUCUUGGAUUGGCAACACCCACAGCUGUUAUGGUGGCUACUGGAGUUGGUGCUACUAAUGGUGUUCUUGUUAAAGGAGCUGGACCUCUGGAAAAUGCUCAUAAGGUCAAGACAAUUGUGUUCGAUAAAACUGGGACAAUAACCCAUGGCACACCGAUGACAUCAAGAAUCAUAAUGUUUGUCAAACCAACUGUUUGUAAUUUAGCUCGAAUGUUGACCAUUGUUGGAGCUGCCGAAACUAAUAGUGAACAUCCAUUAGCAUCAGCAAUUGUAAAAUUCGUCAAAGACAUGUUGAGCGUUGAACAAUUUGGUAAAUCAAGUAAUUUCCAAUCGGUUCCUGGUUGUGGAAUCAAAUCAAUUGUUUCCAACUACGAACAAGGUCUUAAACAAGCAUCAAACUCUGAAAAGAUUAUCAAUUAUGAAAACUCUUAUCGAACUAGUGCCAUGGCUGUGCACAUGGUAAAUGGAGUUUCUAUUGAAGAAGUUAUUCCUGCAAUGAAUACAAUUCAAAAGAAUACCAUAGAACUGCAACAGCUCUUGGAACUUGAUGAUUCAAUUGGUGAUGCUGAAUCGAGUAUCAAACCAAUUGUUGGUAAUGAAAUCAAUGUACUGAUUGGCAAUCGUGAAUGGAUGCAUCGCAAUGGAAUUCUUGUCCCAGCUGAAAUUCAUUCAAAAAUGACUGAAGAAGAAAAUGUUGGCAAUACAGCGGUGCUCUGUGCUUUGAAUAAUCAGUUGAUUUGUAUGAUUUCGGUAUCGGAUAUGGUUAAACCAGAAGCUCAUUUGGCGGUUUAUACUCUGAAGAAGAUGGGAAUCGAAGUAAUUCUCCUAACAGGUGAUAAUAAAAAUACAGCUGUUAAUAUAGCUCAUCAAGUGGGAAUCACAAGAGUUUAUGCUGAGGUUUUACCAUCGCAUAAAGUUGCCAAAAUUCAGAGACUCCAAGAGGGUGGCAUACGUGUGGCUAUGGUUGGAGAUGGGGUAAAUGAUAGCCCUGCUCUAGCACAAGCUGAUGUUGGAAUUGCCAUAGCUGCUGGUACAGAUGUAGCGGCUGAAGCUGCUGAUGUGGUUUUAAUGAGGAAUGAUUUACUAGACGUUGUUGCUUGCUUAGAUCUCUCUCGCAAAACAGUGCGUCGCAUUCGACUCAAUUUUCUCUUUGCCAGUAUGUACAAUCUAUUGGGUAUACCAUUAGCUGCUGGUGUAUUUACAACAUUUGGUUUAAUUCUUCAACCAUGGAUGGCUUCAGUUGCAAUGGCUGCAAGUUCAGUUUCGGUUGUGUGUUCAUCUUUGUUAAUUAAAAUGUAUAAGAAACCAACAGCGGCAUCAUUGCAAACGGCGGAAUAUUUGCGACUUAUAAGUGAAACGGAUAGAGAGCCGGACAAUGUUUCGGUACAUAGAGGUUUGGAGGAUAUACCAAGGCCGAAUUUAAGUCGAUCGAAUAGCUCAACUUUGUCAAGUUUAUUGCGCACCCCUGAACGCAUAUAUUCUAACGGAGGCAGGAAUUAUGAUAACAAUUGCUAAAUACACUGCUUAUUUAUUAUUAAAACUAUUACGAAUGUAUAUAUUUAUUAUUUUUUAAAAGUACUUUUUUGAAUUACCUAUGUUACUCAAUAACCAACACUGCUUGUUUAUUUUAAUUAUUUUUUUUUUUCAAAUUUCUAGCAUAAUAAAACAUUAUUAUACUAAAAACAACACUUUUAAACAAAUAAAACACAUUUUUUUUUUGUUUUUUGAGUUUUCUUUUUAAUGAAUUGAUUUUAUUUUUUUAUGGUUAUUUUAAUAAUAAUAACUUAUUUACUAACUUUAUUUCUUUACUAAUUACACAAAUAAUACUUACUUACAUAUACAGAUUAGGAAAUAUUUUAAUUAAAAAAUAGAUAUUUAUUUUUUUUUUAAUUACUAAAGCGAAAAGUAAAUUACAAUUACAAAAAUUUUAGUAUGCCUUUUUGUAAUUUAAUACAAGAGUUUAAAAUUAAUAUUUAUAAUUAUAAAAAAAUUAAAAAAUAUACAAAUUAUAUUUAAUAUGGUAACCGUUCCGAUAGUGAUCAGUGAUUGCGCACUUCUCCAGACAAAAUUAAAUGUAGGUAAACAGUACCGCAUUGUGGGUGAUUAACAAUUUUCAUUUUGUAUGUUGUUCCAAAAGAAUGUUGAUACAAUAAAUACUUGUGAAACACUAUGCGAAGAAGAGCUACAAAAAUAAAUACAUACAUAAUUAUUGUAACUUAUUUCAAAUUAGACGAUUCUCCAAUUUUGGAUUUUUUAAUUUAAGCCCGAUAUUUUAAAAGAUGCUGCGAUUUUUAUCCUUAUGCAAUAAUCCUUAUUUAAUUUGCAUUUUACCUAAAAACAAAAAAUUCGAAUUGGGGGAAUUUUCCGAACGUGAACAACUUUUCAGCCGAAACUCACAAUAGAAGAAAAGUGAAAUUCAAAUUUUUCCGGAUGAAUUUCACCAGAAACCCACAAUAAGGCUAAAUAUGUAUACUACUUCUCAGCCUUAUUACUAAGAAGUUAGUGUGAACAUCAAGUGAGACGACAAUUUUUUUUUUCUAGAUAGGAAGUGCUUACAGCCUUCUGGAGAAGUGAUAAUUUCGAUGAUGGUGAUACGAGUUAAUAUCGUCGGUAAAACCAGAAAAGUGUGUAACUAAAUUUUAGCAAAUUUUAUAGGAAAGCAAAAAAACAAAAUCGUUUUAAAGGCAUUUGUAUGAGUUUUCAUUUUCUAAUUUGCUAGUAAAAUAAAAACUAUGAACUUUAAGGGGAUUCUGAGUUUAAGGAACGGUAGAUAUUAGGUUUGUCUAACAGAUGACAUUCAAAUCUAAUUUUCAGAAAAUUUGGAGUUACACACUUUUCUGGUUUCACCGACGAUAUAUUAUUUCAGUUAAUUAUAGAAUCGGAAUAGCGCCCUAAAGUUCUGCUAUUCAUAAAAGCCAACAAGUAAAAUUGGGUAUUUCGAUAAAUAAACUAGUUCUCAUUAGUAAACUAUUUUCAAUACUAAUUAUAAUUAGAGAAGUUCCUAACCAUCUCUUUUGUUUUUAUUUUUUUAUUUUUAUUUUUUUAACAUCGUGAUUGAAUCUGUUAAUUGUUUUCUCAUUAUGAUUGGUUAUUACUUAUUGAAACCAACCAAAGAUUGCAAAUCUUUUUUAAUCAGACAGUUCAGUUUUCAAAAUGCUAACGAGAGGUCAACAAAUCCACAAAUUACUACAUGCGACCAUCAUUUUGAUAUCAUUAUCCACUUCGUUUGCUGCAGUAAAUUCAAGUUUUUUUUUUUUAAUUUUUUUUCCAAAUUUGCAUUAUUGUUUUUUUUUUCUAGCGUAAUUUUAAUUUAUUAUUUGAUGAUCUUAAAUGCGUUCCCUCUAAUGAUUAUGCUGAAAAAGUUUCCUGUUUAGUUGAUAAAACAGAUGAAAUACCUAAGCUUAAUAUCGAUAUUCAAAUGAAAAAAGAAGUUCAAGAAUGUAUUUAUGAUUUUAUUGUUUAUGCUAAACCUCCUAAAAAAGAACAAAUAACAGCUUUCAAAGCUGUAGGGAUAAAUUUUUGUCGAGCUGCACAAAUGGAGGCUCUUGUUCCAAUUUAUAAAAUAUUAAGAGAUGCUGUUAGAAGAGCUGGUCCUAUACCAGAUGGUUGUCCUGUUGCAGCUGUAAGUUAUGAAAUUAAAAAAAAAAAAUGUUUUCUUGAUGAAUUUAUUAUUAAUUUUUAUUUUGUUUUUGGCAGGACUUUCAUUACACAUUUAAAAAUAUAACUAUAAAUACAGAUUUUCUACCAUCGUAUGUUCCAAAAGUUGGAUUAAAAAUUCUUCUGGCAUAUCGCAAUAAAAAAACACCAUUUUUGGAUGUAACAAUUCUGGCAAGAAUAGUUGCUGCGAAAACAAAAAAUAAAGCUCAUAGAAAUUUUUAAUAAAUAUAUAUGCAGUUUGUGUUGUUUGAAAAUACACAAUAGAUGAAUUUAAAAAUAUUUAUUAAUAAAGAACUCAAGAUAUUAAAGCUAGGUAUUCAGCUUUUUCUGAGAAAGUUAGACUCCUUAAAAAUGUUAACAAGCUUUAGCUGUCUUUGAACCCAGUGAAAGAGCAAUAAAUCCUUAAUUUUUUGUUGUUCUAGAUUUAAAAGGUACACCUAAUCAGGACAAAUUUUUAGUUUCUUGAGUUUGUGUAAGGUUGAAAGUAAGGCUGUUAGUUUAAGUGUCUAUAACCGCUUGAAGUACGCUAUUAUAAAGGUUGGGGAGGUGGUACCAAGAUUAUUUCUAUCGGAGCGCACUCCACUAGAAAAAAUGUCUUCAGUUUUCAAACUCUGUGUCAAUAAGUUAAAAGAGCUUAAGUCAAUUUUUAUCAUUUUUCAGUAUAAGCAAAUGAAGUUUGUGGACCAGACAAUUUUGCAGACAUUUAAAGGAACAAAACAGCUUAUGUUACUUAAGCUGUUUUGCAAAAUUGGGUUUGGUUCAAAGUGCAUUUUUUUAAAAUGGCUUGAAUCGACAUAAGAACACAAAUGGUUUACUCGACUACAAGUUUAAAAUAGCUUAUGUUGACCAAAGCGAUGAAUAUAUUUGAAUUCAAAUUGUCAUAUUAGCUUAUGUCAUGACUUAAGCUUAUUUAAAAAAGUGUAUUAUUUUUAAGAUUUGGACGAUUUUAUACAUAAGCUAUUUUGCAAAUGCAGUUUUUGUCCAAAAAGACUUAAGCUACUAUGAUUUUUUUUUUAAUUUAACGGUUUAUAUUUUGCGUAGAGAAAUGAGACCCAGACUAAAACAAAGCUGAACAAAAGGUGAACAUGUUAAGCAAAUAAAAUCGAUUUUCACUUAUGUCGACAUAAGCUCUUUUAACUUAUUACCACAGAACUA